GAGUUGACGGUAGUUCGCGUCGACGUCCUUGGACAUAUCAUGGCUACUCGGUGCUCUUCUGCUUUGCGGGCGAUUGCCCGGACACGCGGCGCGGCUCGGUCAAGGACGUUCGCGAGCUCGUCAAGGUGUCUCGCUGCAGCCGCCACCGACGCUGCGCCAUCAUCCUCGUCUGAACCUCCUCCGCCACCACCCAGUGUCUCCGCCGAUCCGAAACUGAACAAGAUCGUGGACGACAUCUCGGGAUUGACUUUGCUGCAAGCGGCAGAUCUUAUUUCGUUACUGAAGUCGCGGCUGAACAUCCAAGAGAUUGCUAUGCCGGCGGCAGCAGGCCCUUCAGCACCCGCGGCUGCUGCUCCCGAGGAGGCAGCGGAGGAGAAGCCUAAGGAAAAGACAGUCUUCACUGUGAAGCUCGAGUCCUUCGACGCCAGCGCGAAGCCCAAAAUUAUUCGGGAGGUGAAGGCCAUGGUCCCGAACUUGACACUCAUCGAGGCCAAGAAGUUCGUCGAGGCGCUACCACAGACCCUCAAAGAAAACCUGCCAAAGGAAGAGGCCGAGAAGAUGCAGAAGACCUUCAUGGACCUCGGUGCGGUCAUCAAGCUCGAGUGAUGCUAAUACAUAGAGCUGUCGCACCGUCACUACUACUCGCGUGCACGGGCCAUGAAACGACUAAUCGCAACGUUGCAUUGUCCCUUG